UAUGGAUCGCGUCCAUGGAUGUCUUCAAACCCGCUUUGGACAACAGUUUGAGUCCUAAGGCGUGCGUUUCCUCGUCGGAAGAAGCAGAGGCAGAUGUUUUUCGCUGGCCAACACCGGAGAAUGGCAUCCGCGCGGCGCCGGUUGCGGCACCCGCAGCACCGGGCUUCUGGACCGCCGUGUUCGACUAUGAGGCGACUGCGGACGACGAGCUCAGCCUGCGUAAAGGGGACUUGGUGGAGGUCCUGUCCAAAGACUCCCUGGUGUCGGGAGAUGAGGGCUGGUGGACCGGCAUGAUAGCAGACCGCGUUGGCAUUUUCCCAUCUAAUUAUGUGAGCAACGGGAAUGGCAUUCCGGAGGAAAUCCGAGACACCUCGGAGCAACAGUACUGCGUGCCUCCUCUGCACCUCCUGGAGAUCGAUUUCUCCGAGCUCACCCUAGAGGAAAUCAUCGGCGUGGGCGGUUUUGGAAAAGUCUAUCGUGCAGUGUGGCGGGGCUCAGAGGUGGCGGUGAAGGCAGCACGGCGGGACCCUGAUGAGGACCCACAGCAGACUCUGGAGAGCGUGCGUCAGGAGGCCAAACUUUUCGCCAUGCUCAACCAUCCCAACAUCAUGGCUCUGCUGGGUGUGUGUCUGCAGGAGCCCAACCUGUGUCUGGUCAUGGAGUAUGCACGGGGCGGGCCCCUCAACAGGGCCCUCGCUGGGAAACGCAUCCCUCCGUGCACGCUGGUGGACUGGGCAGUGCAGAUUGCCCGAGGAAUACUCUACCUCCACAGCCAGGCCAUCGUCCCCAUUAUCCACCGAGACCUCAAGUCCAGCAACAUCCUGAUCCUCGAGAGGGUCGAAAUGGAGGACCUCAGCAACAAGACUCUGAAGAUCACAGACUUUGGGCUGGCUCGGGAGUGGCACCGCACCACCAAGAUGAGCGCCGCCGGCACCUACGCCUGGAUGGCUCCCGAAGUCAUCCGCUCGUCGACGUUCUCCAAGGGUAGCGACGUUUGGAGUUACGGCGUGCUGCUGUGGGAGCUGCUGACAGGAGAGGUUCCAUUUCGGGGUAUCGACGGUCUCGCGGUGGCGUACGGGGUGGCAAUGAACAAGCUGGCUUUACCUAUUCCCAUGACCUGUCCUGAACCCUUUGCUCGUCUCAUGGAAGAAUGCUGGAGCCCAGACCCUCACUCCCGACCGCAGUUCUCAACUAUUCUCGACCAGCUGACGGCCAUCGAGGAGUCAGGCUUUUUUGAGAUGCCAGCAGAGUCCUUCCACUCUCUGCAGGACGACUGGAAACUGGAGAUCCAAGAAAUGUUCGAUCAACUGAGGACCAAGGAGAAGGAGCUGCGAUCGUGGGAGGAGGAGCUGACCCAAGCGGCACUGCAGCAGAAAUGCCAAGAGGAGGCACUGAGGAGGCGCGAGCAGGAGCUAGCCGAGCGGGAGAUCCACAUCCUGGAGCGAGAGCUCAACAUAAUCAUUCACCAGCUCUACCAGGAGAAGCCCCAUGUGGAGAGCAGGCAGGGCAAGUUUCGCCGCAACCGCCUCAAACUCAAGGACGGAAACAGGAUCAGCUUACCCUCAGAUUUUCAGCACAAAAUCACAGUGCAGGCGUCUCCCUCACAUGAUCGGCGGAGGAGUUUGCUCAGCAGCAGCUCCAGUCCUCCGAGCAGUCCACCGAUUUUGCCUCGCCUGAGAGCCAUCCAACUCACUCCCCGGGAGGGAUGUACCGCCUGGGGUCGCACAUGUUUUCAGCAGGAGGAAGAGGAGGGAGAGAGGAAGGGGUCCAGGAAAAAGGGCAGAACCCGCGGGUGUGGCCCGUACAGGGAGCACAGCGCUGACGCAAGCGUGAAGCCUCCGCAUGAAGGAAGCAGGCAGCGCUCCUGCAGCGCCCCGAACCUUCGCAGAUCCCCGAGACACAGUCCAGCAGUGCCUGGAGUGCCAAGCCUUGUGGAGAUGGAAAAUGAAGACUGCUGCUUCACUUCUGAGCCAGGAGCAGCUCCUGGUCAGUCCUACCUCUGCAUCCCCUUCCAUAAGGAGGGCCACACGGCUGCUGCUGCUGCUGCUGCUGACGAUGAUGGUGAUGAGUACUGCCCAAGUGGACAGGUUCCAGGGACACCGCCAUGCAGGAAGAGCCCUGGUGGGGGGCGGCGUUCUGAGCUGGUCCUGCUGGGCUGUGGAGCUCUUCUGGCGGCUGUGGGACUUGGCUGCAACCUGCUGACUCUGGCCCAGCCGGAGGAGAGCAUCAAACCACGAUGGGAGGGUUUCUUCCACAGAACAGGGGGCCAGAGGCGGAGCACCAGCCCCCCAACUCGCAGACUGUUCCGGCGCGAAAGCCCGCUGAAACCAUCGGCGCCCACGCUGCCUGAACGAGGCUUGCCCGCCUCUUACACGCUGCUGUCCUUAUCAUCAGUGUCUGACUGCAACUCCACUCGCUCGCUGCUGCGCUCUGACAGCGAGGAGUUGUUGGUCUGCCGCCCCGCCUCACCGCUCAAACAGCCUACUCUCUCACAGCAGCACGCCAUCCAAACCCCGAUGAACCCUCUGGUCAACACACACCUCGAGAGCUUCAAACGUAACCCCCGCCAGUCUCUCACACCCACGCAUGUACCAUGUGCCCCAAGUUCCUCACGGGGCCUCCGUCGAACACCAUCGGACGGGGCCAUCAAGAAGAGCUGCCCUACGAAUAAUCUGGAAACAUUGCCCGAAAAAACUGCAUUAGAGAACACAGGUGGCUUCAGAGGUUUAAAAGAAGACUGUCCUGAGGUCCCCCGGCUUCCCGAUCCGAAUCUCGUGUUCCCUCCAACUCCCCGUCGCCGCUGUGCUCCAGAACGCCCCAAAACCCUUGACUUUCUAGCUCGGCCUCGGCCUUCACCGCGGGCACGCUGCGAUGUGUUCUGGGCGGACACAAGGCCCAAAGGAAACGGACAAAACCUGGGUAACGGUGAUUCCCCCGCCCACACCUCCAGCACAGAGACUCCUCCCACUGUGGAGUUUGGAAGAGACCCGGCGGUGCUGCCCACCCCCAUGGAGGCCCCGACGCCCUACUCCCCCCGCAGGAAGGAGAACCUGCUGGAUCAGCUGGAUGAGGGACAGUGCCGCGAUGGGACCGUCCCGCUCUGCAGACCGGAGAUCAGCUUUCCCAAAGACUCACCUUUCCGCUACAGACCUGGAUUCUGGUCUUAACUCGGCCC